AUGGUGAUGCUGACAUUCAAUCACUUCUUCAGCCGCGCUCCACCCACUCUACGCGACGGUCCAACUAUCUUUUCCUUCCAACAACAAUUCCUGAUGGAAGAAUCGAGUUCAAGUCGCAGACAAUCAGACGCCAUGGUGCCUGUAUCUCCGAUUACUGCAGCAUUGGUCGAUGAUCUCGAUACCCCCUUCGAUUAUCCUGACCAGGACGACUCUUCCCCUUCCGCUACUCCUGGGAAUCUAUCGCGCAACGGGUCCUUUUCCAACGGCAGCUCAUCGUACCAAGAGGAUUGGGAGACGUUUCCACCUCUCGACAAGCUGAGCAUCUUCGACCUCCUCGACAAUGUACAGGUCACACAGCGUUUGGAGAAAUGGCAGCAGACAAUCAACAUGCAGAGGGAGAAAGUUCGCAAACGAAGCGAGAAGCUUCGCUCGACUGGUAUGAUCGCGAAGGACCGGGUGGUGGGCGAGUGGAAACGACGCGUCCCUACAGCUGAAGAGAAACUUGACAAGUACCGCCAGCGCAUGAAGCAGAGCGUGGAACGCUUGGGUAAACAAUGGAGCGAUACGGCCACUGUAACCCUGCGCGAAAAGUUCGCGUUCAUUGCCGGUGUUCUGAAUAUUUUUCUCAGCGGAUACAUCUUGGGAGCGUUUCCGGAGUACUUUCAUAUCUGGUAUUCCGUCCAGCUGGCCUAUUUCAUGCCUCAACGAUACUACACUUACCACGCCAAGGGCUACCACUACUUCCUUGCCGAUCUAUGCUACUUUGUCAAUAUGCUGAACAUGCUCAGUAUCUGGGUAUUUCCAAGCUCCAAGCGGCUAUUAAUUAGCACAUUCUGCCUCACUUUCGGCAACAACGCGGCAGCUAUCGCUAUGUGGCGCAAUUCCCUAGUCUUCCAUAGCGUGGACAAAGUCGUCAGUCUUUUCAUUCAUAUCAUGCCUCCGGUCACUCUACACUGUAUUGUUCACUUGACGCCGGUCGAAGUGCUCAAGGAGCGGUUCCCCGCUGUAUAUGCCAUCAAGUUUAGCCAGCCUGGCGACCCAGAACAUUAUUCUCUUGGUGCUAUGGUGAUCUGGGCUACUAUCCCCUAUCUGGUCUGGCAGCUCACGUACCACUUCCUCAUCAGUGUGCGUCGCGCCGACCAGAUCGCCGCAGGCCGCCCUACCAGCUUCACAUGGCUUCGCAAGUCGUACUCCAAGAGCCCUCUUGGACGCAUCGUUCUCAGCCUCCCCAAUAAGCUACAAGAGCCUGCUUUCAUGUUGAUUCAAUAUGCCUUCGCACUGUCAACCAUGCUCCCGGCUCCGAUCUGGUUCUGGUCGCGAUGGGCAAGUGCGCUCUACCUCACCGCCCUGUUCACUUGGAGCAUUCACAACGGAGCAACGUAUUAUAUUGAUGUAUAUGGCAAGCGAUUCCAGAAGGAGCUGGAGCAACUGAAGCAAGAUGUUGCACGUUGGCAGAGCUCUCCAGAGGGGUCUAACAGCCCAUAUACACCAGCCACAGCAGCCAUCCCCAUGGAGAAGCGCAACAGUGUUGACCGUAUUCCGCUGCUAGAUUCUACUAUUGCUGCUUCGACCGCUGUCAGUGAUCCUCAGGUUGCCGACUUCACCGUUCGAGAGAGAUAG